GGAAUGGUUGCAAAUAGGGACCGUAUUAUUGGAGACGAAUGGGGAAUGGGUUUCGGACAGGUCGCCUCGCUCGUAGCAUUCACCACCGUCCUCUACGCUGUCUUCCUCUCUUGGCAGGGGCUUUAUGGUCUCGAUCAGGUUCCCUAUCCGCUCGCUUUCAUUCACGUCAGGGAGCAGAGUAGAGGACUUCCAUACUCUCUGUACCACCUCAUUGUCCAAAAUCAUAAU